AUGGAGCAGGACCCCAAACUCCAGCCAUCAAACAUCUCCUCAUCAACCUCCUUCUCCAUACUGGACAUCCUGGACCCCAAUAAAUUCACCGGAAGCCCAAAAACUGCAGUAUAUGCAGAAUUCAGCAGCACAUCCGACUCGAUCAAUGGUGAGGAGAGCCCGGCAGAUACCGACAGCCUCUCCGCCCCGGACUCCCCGGCCCCGGACUCCCCGGUACCGACCCGCAAAGCCAGGCGGAUCCGAACUGCCUUCACCCUGGAGCAGCUGCGUGUUCUGGAGAGAAGCUUCCAGAGCAGCCACUACCUCUCGGUGCUGGAGCGCCAUGUGAUCGCCUCAGCCCUGCGGCUCUCAGAGACCCAGGUCAAAAUCUGGUUCCAGAACCGGAGAACCAAGUGGAAGAAGAGCCGAGAGGGUCAGGGUUCUGAGGAGCAGAGCCACUUCACCAUCAUCCCUCCAGCAGUGAUCCAGAACCUGCCCUUUACCCGGACACUGUCCACCUGCCACCAGCCAGCUCCAGCAUCUUUACACUACCACCCCUCCCAGUCCUACUGCUACCCCCCCUCCUACACUUACACUGCACUUACCUACUACUGACCCACCUCUCGACAACCCCUCCUCCAGCCCUGCAGCCUCACCCUGCUGUAAUACACAUAUUUAAACCAAAUGUGCUGCAUAAUAUCGUAUGUAAUAUUUAUAAACCCAGUAAAAAUGUUUUUAUAUUUAUCCAGUUUUUUUAUUAUUAAUAUUUGUUGAUAAAUGUAAUGUAAACAUAUUAAAAGUUCUAUUUUUGCACUAUA